AUGGAUCUCCGAUUCGUGGGCUUCGACUACCCAGUCCUCCAGACUCUGCAUCACAUGAUGGACAACAUGGGUGAGGAGCCAGAGGCGAACGGCGCCGGCGCCGGCAGCAAGUCCUCCUAUUCCGCGCCGACGAGGACGUACGUGAGGGACGCCAAGGCAAUGGCGGCGACGCCCGCCGACGUGAAGGAGUACCCGAAUUCGUACGCGUUCGUAAUCGACAUGCCGGGGCUGAAGUCAGGGGACAUCAAGGUGCAGGUGGAGGACGACAACGUUUUGAUCAUCAGCGGGGAGCGGAAGCGGGAAGAGGAGGAGAAGGAAGGGGCGAAGUACGUGAGGAUGGAGAGGAGGGUUGGGAAGCUGAUGAGGAAGUUCGUCUUGCCGGAGAAUGCGAAUACGGAUGCCAUCUCGGCGGUUUGUAAGGAUGGGGUGCUGACGGUGACGGUGGAGAAGGUGCCGCCUCCUGAGCCGAAGAAGCCCAAGACGAUUGAGGUCAAGAUCGCUUGA